AUGGCUUCGCGAUCGCCUUCGCGUGGCCGCUACCAGUCCCGGACUCACUCUGUGGCCCCCCGGUCUGCUGAUGGCCGCCGCCGUCGCUAUGACUCGCGUUCCCCGUCGCGCUCGCCCACGCCUCCGCCGCGUCGCAACGGUCGCUACCGAAGCGGCAGCCGCAGCGCUCGGGGCAGAGAUAGUCGCGAGCCAAGCGAGCUCCCGCCGCCCUUGGGCACAAAGGUUGUCGUCGAACGCCUCUCCAAGAACAUUCGAGAGGCCCACCUCCGCGAGAUCUUUGGCCGCUAUGGCCCCAUUCAAGACCUCGACCUUCCCAUGAACAGGACUUUUGGCACAAACCGCGGCACCGCCUACAUUCUCUACCAACACCGCGAGGACGCGGAGGAAGCCAUCGCCCACAUGCACGAGGGCCAGAUUGACGGUGCCGUCAUCCACGUCUCCAUUGUGCUACCGCGUCGCAUCUUCUCUCCCGAUCCACCCCUUGCCCGACGAGGCGCCAACAUCGAUCCUCGAGUCCCGCUUGGCCCUUCUCGUGGAGGACGUGGCCCACGCGGCUUCCCCGGCCGAUACGGCCCGCGACCUUCUGCGUCGCCCCCUCGUGGGCCCCGGGGUCGCGGUGGUGGAUUCAGGCAGCGCAGCACGUCGUACGAUUCUUACUCGUCUCGUUCGAGGUCCAAGUCGCCCCCUCCGCGACGAGGCGCCGGCGGCAGUCGGCUCGGCGAUGGCCCUCGUCGACGCAGCCCCAGCUACGACAGCUACGCCGACCGCAACCGAUCCAAUAGUCCUCGACGGGCCUACCGUUGA